GGAAUAAGGUAAGAGGAAAGAAUUGGGGAGAUGCAGAUCCUGUAUUAUCUGCUGCAGGUAAGCAGCAAUGUGCAGCAGCAGCAGCAGAGCUGCAGUAUCUGCAUAAGCUUCUUACUGAGCUGCAGCACAGCAGCAGAUUACCUGAUGAAUUCCCUGAUGCAGCAGCAGAGGAUACAACAUCAUCAUCAGCAGGAAACAGAGGAACAGUAGUAUCACCACCAAUACCAUCACCAGCAGCAGCAGCAGCAGCACCAGCAGCAGCAGCAGCACCAGCAGCAGCAGCAGGCCUCUUCUGUAUAGACGCCUUUCUUGUCUCCCCUUUAUUACGCGCAAUACAAACCGCCAGUCUAUCUUUCUAUGAAGUUGGCAAUUCCUUAAGAUGCCAGGGGCCAAUAAGGAAGCAGCCUCGCUCGCAGCAGCAGCAGCAGCAGCAGCAGCAGCAGCAGCAGCAGCAGCAGCAGUAUAAGACCCAUAGACGGCACCAUAGCCAUGGUAGUCAUCAUCUCGUUGUGCAGCAGCAGCAGCAGCAGCAAGUAACAUGGAUAGUUGACCCUUUAUUAAGAGAGAAAGUAACAAAUACAACAGAUGUAGGGACAGCAACAGCAGCAGCAAUUCGUCGUCGUCUGCUGCAGCUGUGGAUACACCGCAGCAUGCUGCCAGCAGCAUAUAGUUUCCUGCUGCUGCCUGAUGGGGAGAAAUGGUGGUUACCUUAUUCCUUAAGAAGUAUGAAUAAAUUAAGGGAGUUGCUGCUGCUGCAGCAGCAGCAGCACUACCCGCAAAUUAUGCAUCCUUAUCUAAUGAGUUAUCUGCAUGCAAGAGAAGAAGAAGAUGAGGAAGAAGAAGAAGAAGAAGCAGCAGCAGCAGCAGCAGAUAUGCAGCAGCAGCAGCUAAUAGGAGGUAUAGAUGAGGAUUCUUUUGAUUCAUCUGCCUCUACAUCCUCUAUAAACAAUCCUAUUGCUCCUGUUGCUCCUGGUGCAGCAACAGGAGCAGCAGCAGCAACAGCAGCAGCAGCAGCAGCAAAAGUAUUUACUGUAGGAGGGGCAAAGACAAGCCCUCUAUCUGCAGCAGAAAAAGAUUUGCUGCUGACGCUGCAGCAAGGAGAGAAGUAUUUACAUACAAAAGAAUCCUUUACUCGUCGUCAGCGUCGUUAUGCUGCUGCUGCUGCUGCUGCUGCUGGUGCUGCUGGUGCUGCUGGUGCUGCUUCUGGUGGUCAAGAAGAAUCAUUAGUUGAAUCAUGGAGACAAGUAGAGGAAAGGCAGCAAUUGCUGCUGCUGCUGCUGUGUGCUGCAGAUGCUGCUACCUUUGUCUUUGUUGGUCAUUCUUAUUUCCUUGUAGGUCUUGAUCAAUUACCUAUGCUAG